AUGGAUAUUUUGGAAGAUCAGCACUUCAAAAAUUACAAAUUUCUUAUGUCGUGUUACGGAGUAUGUCCCUACCAGCCACGUUAUCAAAAGUACUUGCUGAGAUGUGUCGCAACGAUUGGUAUAUUCAAUAUUUUGACGCCGAAGACAAUCAAAUUUAUCGAAUAUUUGGGCGAUUUGGACAACAUGAUUCAGUGUAUACCGAUGAUUUGUGUGCAUUUGCUAGGCCUGGUAAAAUUUGCCAAUUGGAUGUUCAACGCCAAUGCUAUAAAAAGAUUGUUUGUGCUGAUGGAGCGUGACGGAAAAACUUUGAAAUCUGAAGAAGACAAAGAAAUAAUGCAGAGAUGGCUCAUACGUACUCGGAAACUGACAUCCGCUUACACAGGUAUCAAUUUACUGCAUUAA